GAGGCUAUGCAGCCGCCUCAGCCGCCCCCUUACGAGUUCCUCAGCGACGAGAACGGGCAGAAAUGGCGGGGGCUCCUCGUGCCGGCCCUGCGCAAGGUUCAGCAGCAAGUCCACCCCAACCUGUCGGCCAAGGAAGAUUCCCUCUACUACAUCGAGGAGUUGAUCCUGCAGCUGCUAAACAAGCUAUGCAUUGCCCAGCCGCGGGCUUUUCAAGAUGUGGAGGAGCGAGUUCAAAAGACCUUUCCUCAUCCAAUUGACAAGUGGGCAAUUGCCGAUGCGCAAUCCGCGAUUGAGAAGCGAAAACGAAGGAACCCUCUCCUGUUGCCUGUGGACAAAAUACAUCCUUUAUUAAAGGAAGUUCUUGGUUACAAAAUAGAUUAUCAAGUAUCCCUUUACAUUGUGGCUGUCUUGGAAUAUAUCUCAGCGGACAUCUUGAAAUUGGCUGGCAACUAUGUUUUCAACAUACGGCACUUUGAGAUCUCCCAACAAGACAUUAAAGUAUCCAUGUGUGCUGACAAGGUGUUAAUGGAUAUGUUUGAUCAGGAUGACAUUGGCUUGGUUUCCCUCUGCGAAGAUGAGCCCUCUUCUUCAGGUGAACUGAACUACUAUGAGAUUGUCAGGACGGAAAUCGCAGAUGAAAGGCAGUACCUACGGGAGCUGAAUCUGAUCAUAAAAGUCUUUCGAGCCGCUUUCCUAUCUAACAGGAAGUUGUUCACGCCUUGUGAUAUUGACAUGAUCUUUAGCAACAUCACAGAUAUCCACGAAUUAACGGUGAAGCUCUUGGGGCUGAUUGAGGACACUGUGGAAAUGACAGAUGAAAGCAGCCCUCACCCCCUGGCUGGCAGCUGUUUUGAGGAUCUGGCAGAGGAACAAGCCUUUGACCCUUAUGAGACAUUGUCCCAAGACAUCCUUUCACCGCAGUAUCACGAACACUUCAAUAAUUUGAUGGCUAAACCUGCAGUUGCUUUACACUUCCAGUUGAUCGCUGAUGGUUUCAAGGAAGCGGUCCAGUACGUCCUUCCGCGGCUGAUGCUGGUUCCUGUUUACCAUUGUUUCCACUACUUUGAGUUAUUACAGCAAUUGCAAGAAUGCAGUGAAGACGAAGAGGACUGCGAAUGCUUGAAACAAGCCAUCACGGCUCUGCUCAACCUCCGGUGUAGCAUGGAGCGUAUUUACAGCAAACACUCUCCUAGACGCCGGCCUGGGGAACAAGUCUCUUGGUUUUACAACCGCCAAGUAAGAAGCAAGCACUUGGCUAUUAAAAAAAUGAACGAGAUCCAGAAAAACAUCGAUGGCUGGGAAGGCAAAGACAUCGGUCAGUGCUGCAACGAAUUCAUAAUGGAAGGGACCUUGGUGAAAGUAGGAGCCAAACACGAGCGGCACAUAUUUCUUUUCGAUGGCUUGCUGAUCAGCUGCAAAGCUAACCACGGCCAGUCCCGGCUGCCAGGCUAUAGCAGUACUGAGUACCGGCUCAAGGAGAAGAUCAUCAUGCGGAAGGUCCAUAUUGUAGACAAGGACGACACGUGUGAGUGCAAGCACGCCUUCGAGCUGGUUUCCAAAGAUGAGAAUUGCAUCACCUUUGCUGCCAAGUCCGUCGAAGAGAAGAACAACUGGAUGGCCGCGCUCAUCUCCCUCCAGUACCGCAGCACCCUGGAUCGGAUGCUGGACGUGGUGCUUCUGCAGGAAGAGAACGAGCAGCCCUUGCGGCUGCCCAGCCCGAGUGUCUACCGCUUUGCAGUGAAAGACUCCGAGGAGAACAUCGUUUUUGAAGACAGCCUUCAGAGCAGAAACGGCAUCCCCAUGAUUAAAGGCGGGACGGUGGUGAAGCUGAUCGAGAGGCUGACGUACCACAUGUAUGCAGAUCCUAAUUUUGUACGCACUUUUCUUACAACCUACCGCUCCUUCUGUAAGCCACAAGAACUGCUGGAUCUGUUGAUAGAACGGUUUGAAAUCCCAGAGCCUGAGCCGACAGAGGCAGAUAAGUUGGCAGUAGAGAAAGGAGAGCAGCCUAUCAGCGCAGACCUUAAAAGAUUUCGCAAGGAAUAUGUCCAGCCAGUGCAACUCAGGGUAUUAAAUGUGUUUCGACACUGGGUGGAGCACCAUUUUUAUGAUUUCGAGAGAGAUCAGGAGCUGCUCGAUAGACUGGAAACGUUCAUUUCAGGUGUCAGAGGGAAAUCCAUGAAAAAGUGGGUGGAAUCCAUCGCAAAGAUCAUCAGAAGGAAAAAACAAGCUCACGCAAAUGGCGUUAACCACAACAUCACAUUUGAGAGCCCCCCUCCGCCGAUUGAGUGGCACAUCAGUCGCCAGUUUGAGACCUUUGACCUCAUGACCCUGCACCCCAUAGAGAUUGCCCGGCAGCUGACCCUCCUGGAAUCUGACCUUUACAGGGCUGUUCAGCCAUCAGAACUUGUUGGGAGUGUGUGGACGAAAGAAGAUAAAGAAAUUAAUUCCCCUAACCUACUGAAAAUGAUCCGGCAUACGACAAACCUUACUCAUUGGUUUGAAAAGUGUAUAGUGGACACUGAGAAUUUUGAAGAGCGGGUGGCUGUGUUGAGCCGGAUUAUAGAGAUUUUGCAAGUUUUCCAAGACUUGAAUAACUUCAACGGUGUGCUGGAGAUAGUCAGUGCAAUCAAUUCUUCUUCUGUGUAUCGGUUGGAGCACACCCUUGAGGCAUUACAGGAGAGAAAAAAGAAAAUCUUGGAUGAAGCUGUUGAACUGAGUAAAGAUCACUUUAAAAAAUACCUUGCUAAGCUGAAGGCAAUCAACCCACCCUGUGUGCCUUUCUUUGGAAUUUACUUAACUAAUAUUCUACAUACAGAAGAAGGAAAUCCUGACUUCCUUAAAAGACAAGGGAAAGGAUUGAUCAACUUCAGUAAGAGGAGAAAAGUGGCUGAGAUAACGGGGGAAAUCCAGCAGUAUCAAAACCAGCCUUACUGUUUACGGGUCGAACCAGAUAUGCGGAGGUUCUUUGAAAAUCUCAACCCUAUGGGAAAUGUUCCUGAAAAAGAGUUCAUGGACUAUUUGUUCAACAAAUCCCAUGAGAUCGAGCCUCGCAACUGCAAGCAGCCCCCGAGAUAUCCUAGGAAAACAACCUUUUCUCUGAAAUCUCCUGGAAUAAGGCCCAACGCAGGAAGGCACAGCUCUACGUCUGGCACUCAGCGGGGCCACCCGACGCCUCUGGAAAAGGAGCCGUACAAGAUCAGUUUCAGCCGAAUCACUGAAGCCGAGCAGGAGUCGGUGGCAUCAGCGCCCACCUCACCGAGCAUCCCCUCCCCCCCACCGGCGUCUGCCUCGUCAGAGCUCAGCGUGUUCCUGGAUAUCGACCUCAACAGCUCUUACGGGAGCAACAACAGCAUCUUUGCACCUGUUCUUUUGCCACAGUCAAAGUCCUUUUUCAGUUCCUGUGGGAGCUUGCACAAACUCAGUGAAGAGCCUCUGGUUCCUCCUCCGCUCCCUCCUCGCAAGAAGUUUGAUCAGGAUUCUUCUACUUCAAAGGGCGGUUCCAAAUCCGAUGAUGAUCCUCCCGCCAUUCCACCCCGGCAGCCCCCUCCUCCAAAGAUACAGCCACGAGUCCCCGCUUACACCGGCCUGUUAGAGCAGCCGCUGCAGAGCCCUCCCCCACCCCCUCCGAGAGACCCUCUUCCUGACACCCCCCCUCCAGUACCUCUUCGCCCGCCAGAGCACUUUGUGAACCUCGCGUUCAACCUUCAGCCGCCGCCCGUGGGACGCUUUCACAGGGAUCCUGACCGGCUCCGGGAAGCCAACACAUGCCCGAGCUCUCCCAGCACUCCUCCGAGCACACCGUCGCCUCGGGUACCACGUCGCCUGUGUACCCUCAGCCCAAGCCCCAACAGCCUGGCCGCUCCUCCCGUCCCUCCGCGCCAGAAUUCCAGCCCUCAGCUACCAAAACUGCCACCAAAGACUUACAAGAGGAAACUCUCCCACCCGCCUUUGCACAGACACUCUUCGCUGGAGAACGCGGAAACGCCUCAAUGA